AUGAAGCAACUAUAUUUCAUCAUUUUUCUUCUGUUCACAUGUUCAAUGGAAAAAUGUUUCGCAAUCGGUGAGAAUUGUCUCACAUUACAGUGGGCAUCGAGUGCUACAACACUGACUGAUAGCACAAAUCUUAACCAACCUCGAGAUUUAUAUGUCGAUCAAAACAAUGUUGUAUAUGUAUUAGAUAGUGGAUAUGGUCGUGUACGCCGUAUAUGGCCCAAUUCGACAGUCGAACGGACGUUUAUAAAUGCAGUGACAGGACCAGUUUUCAAUCAGUCAUCUUAUAUCCUUGGCAUUCAAGGUGAUACCAAUGGAAAUCUUUACAUUCUUGAUGUGAACCUUGGUCGUGUCGUAAAAUGGUCAACUACGAAUAUGAAUGGAACGGUCGUUGUAGGUGGAUAUGGAAAGGGUUAUGGCGCAAAUCAGUUGAACGCACCUUGCGGAAUGUUUCUUGAUCCAAAUACGAUGUUUAUCUGGAUAGCUGAUACAUAUAAUCAUCGAAUUGUUCGUUGGGAAUCACCCACAACAGGUAUCAUUGUCGGUGGAAGUAAUGGAUCAAAUGCUGACCAGUUUAACUACCCAUUUGGAUUAUUUGUUGAUACAAAGGAUGCGAAUACAUUAUAUGUUGCUGAUACAUAUAAUCAUCGCAUUCAACAAUGGUUAUCAGGAGCAAAGAAUGGAACAACAGUAGCUGGACAAACAGGUGUAGCUGGUUCGAGUUUAAGUGUGCUUUAUUAUCCAAUAUCAGUGAUUGGAGAUGGAAACAAAAAUUUAUAUAUUUUAUGUUUUUCAACUAGUUCGAUUGUGAAAUGGCAAGUCGGAGCAACGGUUGGCAGUCUUAUUGUUGGCACUUUAACAGCUGGAUCAUCAUCAAAUCAAUUAUAUAGUCCGUAUAAUUUUAAAUUUGGUCCAGAUUAUUCAAUUUAUGUUCCUGAUUUUAAAAAUAAUCGAACUCAAAAAUUCUCGGCCCUUUGUUCGAAUGCGACAAGCACAACAAUAAUCACUACUCGCCUAACAACAGCGUCGUCAACAAUUCGUACAAUAGUUUCAAGUUCAACGACGCGCUUAUCCAGUUCGACAAGCAUUCCAAGUUCAUCAGCAACAACAACAAGCGCACAAAUACCAUCUGCUGCUGCUGAUCACAAUCUUCAAUGGUUAUUGAUGAUCGUCCCAUCAAUCAUAGCUGUGAUGAAUAACUAUCUCAUAUAG